CCCAUGGGCUGCUCGCUAUAUAGCCGCGGCACCGAGCUCCUCCUGCAGCAGCAGCGGAGCUGAGUCACCUGCGGCAGGAGCGAGCGCCAGAGCCACGCGAGCCAGUCUGGGACGGCAGGACAGAGCUUAAAAAAAAAAAAGAUGAUAAAAAUGAUGCCCUUUUUCAACAACAGUCCUUUUGGGAUGGGUAAGAUUUCUAAGGACUGCGUCACUGGAGUAAAGCCGCCUGGAAAACCUUCUACAUCAUCAGAAUCCGAGCCAGAUACUGUGUCUAUUGAAUCAGCUGUGGAAGAGACCCAGCCAAAAGAUCAGGUGAAAACUGAAAGCCGAGGACAAGAUUCUGCUCUCGGAGACUCACAUGCACCUUCCACUGAGGCCAAUGGGAGCUGUCCUCCUUCAUCUGAGUACAGAUAUAAUCCCAAAAAGAAGGGAAUAAAGGGAAAACUAAAAGAUGCCUUUUUCAAUUUUCGGCCUGUUCAGAAGAUAGUGAAUCCAACAGAAAAGGAUGGAGCAGUGACAGACAAGAAGCCACUGACAGUUGAACAAAUCAGAGAGCAUCUUGAAAGUGAUCAAUUCUUCGAUGCCACUCAACAUCUGAUUGCUCUGGAGUGGGCCCUUUAUAACAACUUAGGUGGCAAGAGUGAAGAGGAAUUGUCAAGGGAGCAAAGCACCGUGGAAUCGCUCUAUGAACUACUGAAGAGUAAAGUCUUCAGCAUCAUAAAGAAUUCGAUAAUCCUAGCGCCAUCUAAUCCAAAAUUACUACGGCAUGCCGUGUACGCAAUAGAAGAGCAGGAGGUGGAGGAUGAGAGAUACAAGUCAGAGAAGCCACCUGACAAGAUCGUGAGUUACAGACCCAGAAAAUGGAAGGAGGUUUGGAUGGACACAGUGAAGCAGUCUGUAGCUGAUCGUAUGAAAGACGUCCAGCGCACUAGCUCUGCUGAGAACCUGUCUACAACUGCUCAUUGCUUUCUGCAUAUGGGAAGAACAAUGAAAGAGGAUAUGAUAACAGUGGUGGAAUGCAUUAAACAACAUUACCAUGCGCAGUUUAACAUAUGCAACACGUAUGCAGAAUGUUACCAUAGCUAUUUCUCUUCUCAGCUGCAGCUGAUUGCUGAGUUUGAACUGGGAGAUAAGGACGUAUAUCUCCUCCUCAUCUGGGUGCAGAACUUUUAUCCAAAUGACAUAAGAAAAAAUUCCAUUUUAGUGAAAGAGUUGGAUGAAGCCAAACUGGGGAGCCUGUUGCCACCCAAAAUGAUCAAACAGCUUGAAGUUAAAUACCUGUUUAAUGAAGCGGCUUCUAUCAAGAACUGGCUGGCCAAGAGUUUAGAAAUGGAAGUAAAGAGGUGGACAGAAGAGAAAGAACCGGAAGAACUGGAUGGACAUUUUCAUAGUGAAUUAGCCAUAGAUGUCAUCCAGACUAUUCAUGGAGGACAAAAGCGAGCUGCAGAAAUUACACCUGAACUGGGCAAACAACUGUCCAUUGUACUGUUGGUGGAGCUGUCAACAUUUUUGAAAAGCUACCAGAAGGCCUUAGAAGAAUUUAAAGAGAAAAACAAGCAGCACAGCUAUUUCAAGGCUACAAUAAUUGCAAAUAUUAACAACUGCAUGAAUUUUAGAGACCACACGGAGAAAACCACACCAUCAGCACAAGACAGCACGAGAUUAAAAAUACUUGGUGCACUUAGUGAAAUAGAGAACAUUGGCUAUGAUGUACUGCUUCAAGAUUUGUUUCUGGAGUUAAAGCCUAUUUUUAGAAAGUUCACCCAAAGUAAAUGGCUUUCGUGCAGUGAAACGAUGAAUGAAAUCAUUCAGGCCACCAGCAACCACCUUUCAGAAUUCAAGACUCUCCACGACCCCUUUUAUCAGGGCAUUAUGGAGAAGAUUCAUGGUCACUUGGUGAGAGAAUACAUUGUGAGGCUAAUUAAGAAGAAAGUCAGUUUGAAAACCCCAGAACUACAGCAAAACUUGUCAAAUCUCAUUUCAGCUCACGCCUCCCACUUGCAAAGCUUCUGCAAAGAGAAGGGGUCCAAGGCCACGUGGUUGGAUUCUGCACUCCCAAAACUGGCUGAAAUAAUCAGACUUCAGGAUUCAAAUGGCAUUAAAAUAGAAGUUGCGACGCUUGCUAAUACAUACCCAGAUAUCAGCAAAAAGCACGUUGCUGCCAUCUUGUACAUCAAGGGAAACUUGCCGAACAGUGAAGUGAGAAGCAUCCUGAGCAUCCUGGAUGUCAGCACAAAGUUCACCACUUCCUGUGAAUCUCUGUUCUCAGCUAUAAAGGUUUCCUAGGCUUGAUCCCUGGACCCAGCACUCAUACUGUAUGCAACUAUUUGCUAAUCUAGUAAAAGUCACAGCAUGGGGCCAGGUUCAGCAAGCCUCACGCAUGGGCUGUGUAGCUAACCGGUGCAGCAGCAUUUCUCUACUGAAGUCCUUUUUUUUGUCAUUGUAAGAUUGACUCCCCUGGGGGAAGAGAUUUGCUCUGUGCUUAGCUACGAAGGGAUGAAAUCUGAUGGAGGGGUUGUGUUCUAGUUCUCUGAACAGCAAACAGAGCUCUCAAAUCAGACACCGACUCCCUCUGAGGUCUCAGACAAUCCCACUAUGCCUCAGUUUCCCCCCUAGGUACAAUAAUACUCCAGUUACUUCCCGGGGCGUUGCAAGUAUUACCUAGCUAACUAACUAUUUAGCUAAGCUCUAUAAAGCAUGGCUUGUCCUCUAUGGAGGAAGAGGCUCUUUGCUAACUUUUUUGGGGGGGGGGAGCGGGGGAAAUUAAAUGUAAAGUGAUUGGGGAAAAAAAUUUUCAGAGCAUGCUCAGUAGACAUCUGCUAGGUUUUCUUUUUAAUCAGAGGCUAAGAAGCUGCAUUUUCUAUUAGAUCAAUAAGAUGUGGCGAAGGGGUCAGGAAGGAACAAAGCCGGCCCUCAGGCUGGCUUGCAGGAACAGUUUGGAUAAGGAAAGGUUUAAAGGGUCUCAUUGAAGGUUGUGACUGCAUGCAUUUCAAAAAGUGAAAGUGCCUCAUCAUGGACAAGAGAAAAGUCACAGCAUAGAAAGCUGCCGAUCUUGGAACUUCGGGAGCUUUCGGCAUUUUGUAAAAUCCAAAUUUUAAUUUUUUAAAAAUCUAAGUUUUGGCACCUUCCUUUUGUGAGGCUACAGCCAGCACAGUGUAAACUGAUGGGCUGCUGCCCAGCUACGCAAGCCUUGCGGAAAGCACUCCCUAGCCACACCACAGCAGUCAGCCAGAGGUGGGAAUUUACCACUCCUAUACCCCAUUCACCUCCAUGAGGUGUGAAUUUCUAUGCCUGCGUGGCAAAUUAGGAUCCAGUCCUGCAAGUGCUCUGCACACAGAGCUCCCAUCAGAGUUCCAGGUAGGAUUGGGAUUUUAAGUACUCACAUUUCUGACUUCCUCCUGUUUAUGUUCAGUAGUUCCCAGUGCUAUAGAUUAAGGGUUUCUAUAGCUAAUUAUACAUUGCACUAGCUGUUGUAGCCUAAGGCCCCAAUUCAGCAAAGUACUUACCUUGCUUACAUCCAUAACAUUCAGCAAAGCAUGUGUUUCAGUUCUAUUGCUUUCAAUGGGAUUUGAACACGUGCUUUAAGUGUUUGGGAGCCUAACUGCAACACACAUUUUGUGUUCUCUUUUUGUAUAAAGUCUCUCUCCCUCCCUCCCUGUCAGUUGCCCUCUAUCCUGCUGUUGUGGGUCUAGAAUAGGGCUGGAAAUACUAAUCUUUGGUAUGUUUUGAAAGCAAGUUUUUGUUUUCAAGACCUGAUUAAUUCUCUGGCUAAAAGAUUAUCAAAAUAUCCAAUUUGUUGAAUCCAAGACCUUUACCCUCUGUAUCAAACUGUAGAAAGCUCAUCUGCAAGGAGUAGGGUGACCAGAUGUCCUGAUUUUAUAGGGACAGUCCUGAUUUUGGGGUCUCUUAUAUAGGCUCCUAUUACCCCCACCCCGUCCCGGUUUUUCACACUUGCUGUCUCGUCAUCCUAACAGGAGGAUGAAUAAUGACUAUGGAAACUGUGAAAUGGUAGUUGCAGACAAAGCCUAUGGGCAUUAACGUCACUAUAAAACCAUUUUAAAUGUGACCACAUCUUGUAUAUACUGCAUGUAAGCUUCUGCUUUCUAACCCUGAGGUUAUAUUUCCACAGGUACUUGUAGGUCAUCGGUGUAUUUUAGAAUCCAAUUUUAUUUUCUCUAAUUAUCGUUGUAUGCAAUAUUUAUAUUUAAACAGUAUUAAAAUUAUGCUGGAAAUGUAGGUGACCUCACCUCUGGUUGUGUGUAUGGACUGUAUAUACCAUAUGCAUGGGUAACCCUAUGGUAUUCCUUCAGAGAUUAUUCCCUUAGUACUUGCACCCUGACGAAUGUUAGGGUAGGAUUGCCAGUUUUCUAAUUGCAGAAAAUCCUGCCCCUUCUCAGAGACCCUGCCCCCCACUUACUCAAUCCCUGCUUCCUCUGUUGCUCACUCUCCCCCACCUUCACUCACUCAUU